GGAGCAGCCCGCAGCUCCAUCGCCAGAUCAUGCGCUUUUACUGUUUUCGGCUGAGUCUGGCCGCUCUCUUCAUUUGCAUUGCCCUACUUACUGUAGCUUCUUGGAAGGACUCAUACUUACUGUACAGUUUAGUAGGUAAGUACUGUCAGUCUAUCACCAAUGGAACUAACUCCUCUCUUCCCCCCCUUCCCUUCUUUCGCCCAACCAUUAUUUUCCAAUAAAGGGGGAGAGCAAGGAAGAUUUUGGAAGAGGAAUUAUAAGAAAAAGAAAAAUAAUUGAA